CACAUCGCCUGGACGACUCCAAGCUACGCGCAACCGCGAGCUAGGUGGCUUGAUCAUUAUGCUUAAUCAUUCAUCUGGUUAGUUAUUGUACAUUAUUCACGAUUGAUGUGUUCUUGAUACUGGGUAUAGGAUCGGUUGAAACCGCGUUGGUAUCAUCGAUGCAAACCUACAGAUAAGCAUCAGAUGGCAUCCCUGGAUCGCGAGGUGAAAAUGGCCUCACCACGCCCUUCACGCGACUCUCUUUCCUCGGUUUCCACGACGAGCCUUGUCUUCGAACGUAUUGGCGAACGAGAGAAAACCGGCAAUGGCUUCACCAAUCGCGAGCUCUCCGACUCGGAUCAUGACGAUUCCUUCAAUAGCACUGCGUACGACGAUGAGCGGGCUGCCUUUCUAGAAUCGGCCACCCCGGGGAAGAUUCUUGGCAUGGACAUCAAGCUCAAGCGCAUAUUGCUGCUUGCAUCUGGCAUUCUCGUUGCUGCCUGGGUCAUCGGACUAGCCAUAUUCGUCUCGUCCAAGUCCUACCAGCACGCCUCCGAAAAAGAACAUGACCCUACCGCUACCGCCUCGCGUGGCUCCGGGAAGCGCAUCACCUUAGAUCAAGUCAUGACUGGCUUCUGGAAACCCUACAACCAUCAGAUGAGUUGGAUUGACGGUGCUAAUGGCGAAGAUGGGCUUUUACUGGAGCAAAAUGCGCCGGGUAAAGACUAUCUUGUUGUGGAGGAUGUCUUGAGUCGAAACAGCGACAACGUUGCACCUAGCGUUCAGAUCACUUCUUCCAAGACCCUGAUGGAAAAGGCCUUUUUCGAUGCUGCUGGUCGGACCUUAACACCUGAACAACUCUGGCCUAGUCCUGACCUUAAGAAAGUUCUUAUUGCAACUGGUGUUAUUAGUGUUUGGAGGCAUUCAUUUACAGCAAACUACUGGAUAUUUGAUGUAGAAACCCAAACUGCCGAGCCUUUGGAUCCUAACGAUUCGGCCCGAAGAGUUCAAUUGGCACAGUGGAGCCCUAAGAGCAAUGCCAUCUCCUUCACGAGCUCAAACAACCUCUAUGUUCGCGAACUCGACAGCAAGAAAGUAGUUCAAGUUACCAAAGAUGGCGGACCUGAAUACUUCUAUGGAAUUCCAGACUGGGUGUAUGAAGAGGAAGUCUUCGGCGACAACAGCGCUACGUGGUGGUCUACUAACGGCGACUUCAUGGCCUUCCUGCGAACAAAUGAGACGCUUGUACCUGAAUACCCCAUCCAAUUCUUCAUUGACAGGCCAAGCGGAGAGGAAUUUCCUCCGGGUAAGGAGUCAUACCCGGAAGUUCAACAGCUCAAGUAUCCAAAGGCAGGAUCACCUAAUCCUUUUGUUGAUCUUCUGUUCUAUGAUAUGGCUAAGGGCGACACAUUUUCUGUGGAGAUUGAGGGAGGGUUUGAUCCAGAGGAUCUCCUCAUCACUGAUAUUACAUGGGCUGGGAAUCAAGUGCUCAUCAAAGAGACUAAUCGAGUUAGCGAUGUCAUGCGUGUCGUCCUUGUAGAUGUUACUGCACGAACAGGGAAGACUGUAAGGACCGUUGACGUGGGUAAAAUUGACGGAGGCUGGUUUGAGAUAUCUCACGACACCACCUAUAUCCCAGCCGAUCCGGAAAAUGGCAGACCCGAAGACGGAUAUCUUGACAUGGUCAUCCAUGACAAUGGGGAUCAUCUUGCCUAUUUCAGCCCACUUGACGCAGAUGAGCCUGUUAUGCUAACCUCGGGUAAUUGGGAGGUUGAUGAUGGUUCAUUAGCCGUCGAUUUGAGCACCAAUGUGGCGUACUUCACUGCCACAAAAGAGUCCUCCAUUCAACGACACGUUUACAGUGUCAAGUUUGACGGCUCAGAUCUCAAAGCCUUCACUGAUACUAGUAAGGAGGGCUUCUAUAGUGCCUCCUUCUCUCGCAAGGCAGGAUACGCUCUGAUCACUAAUCAAGGACCCAACGUGCCUUCUCAGAAGGUAGUUAAUACUCCAAGUAACCCGACCUCUUUCGAGCAUAUGGUUGAAGAAAAUAAGGAACUAGCAGACAAGGCGAGGAAACAUGAACUUCCAUUACUUAAAUACGGAACUAUAACUGUCGAUGAUGUUGAGUUAAAUUACGUCGAACGGCGCCCACCGCAUUUCAACCCAAGCAAGAGAUACCCUGUCUUGUUCCAGCAGUACUCGGGCCCAGGUUCGCAGUCCGUGACCAAACGAUUCACGGUUGACUUUCAAUCUUAUGUAGCUGCUAAUCUCGGCUAUAUCGUUGUAACGGUUGAUGGUCGUGGCACCGGGUAUAUAGGACGCAAGGCUCGGGUCAUAGUUCGCAAGAACUUGGGCAAAUGGGAGGCUCAUGAUCAGAUCGCAGCCGCCAAAAUCUGGGCUGCAAAGUCUUACACUGAUGAGUCGCGAAUUGCCAUCUGGGGCUGGUCGUAUGGUGGAUUCCAGACCCUGAAGACACUCGAGCAAGAUGCCGGCCAGACAUUCCAAUAUGGCAUGGCUGUUGCGCCUGUUACCGAUUGGCGAUUUUACGAUAGCAUCUAUACUGAGCGAUAUAUGUUGACGCCGCAGGAGAACCAAGCGGGAUACGACGCCACUGCCAUUAGCAAUAUGACUGCACUCGCUGGAAACGUGCGCUUCCUCAUCAUGCAUGGCGUCGCUGACGACAAUGUCCAUAUGCAAAACACCCUUACCCUCCUUGACAAGCUAGACCUAGCCACCGUUGAGAACUACGAUCUGCACAUGUUCCCCGAUAGUAACCACGGCAUAUACUUCCACAAUGCGAACCGUAUCGUAUAUGAUAAAUUAAGCAACUGGCUCAUCAACGCCUUCAAUGGCGAGUGGCUCAAGGUUGCGAACGCAAAACCUGGACAGGUCUCAUCUUCCAAGGCGAGAGAGAAGAGGAACGGUGUCGAGGAGCUGAAGGCUGGAGUCGAGGAGAUACGGAGAGAGAUGGGGCAUUGAUUACAGGCGGUCGCAUAUUUCUGCUUUCCAGGCGCAUUCGUGAGCAAAGAUAUUAGUUACAGGCGUUAGUGGUGUCCGGUUUGCAUUUUUGAUUUUUUGGCUGUAAGAUAUACUUUAUAUAUACUUAUUAGAAGUAGAUGCAAUUCUAUGCUAGUAUGUCCAUGGGAUGGCUAGUGAUAAGGGACGAACUCCGAUAUAUUCACCUAUCUUAGGUAGUAUAAGCGAUGGGGUGGGCGAUAUCGCCACGACCACCCUACCUGCCAUCAGUGCCAGCCCUCCUUAUAGAAAUCAAGGGGGCAAGACGCAAGACGCGUUCAACGCGCGCAUCUUUAUCUAUUAAACGUCAACGCCUUCAACAGAGACCUGAAGUAAGAAUUCCCUCAUUUAGGAGAGACUAUGAUAGUCAUUUCGUUGAGAGUACCCAUGACUUUAUGUGUAUUAUUGUCCAAAUCCUCCGUAAAUCUUCUCCUUGCCGCAUCUUUUUAACCAUCCUAUCGAGCAUUCAUAUUCUGAUAUCCAAGUUAGUGUGCAUCUUCAAAGUGCUGCUGCAGUACAGCAGAGCUUAUCAUAUGACCUGGUAUAUACUGUGUUGUACACUGUGUCAUAGCUUGUGCUGGUGAUGGAUGGAAACGGCCUUACCCGUUCAGACUGCACUUCCGUCGCCAACCUUCUGACUUCUACGGGACGCAGAAG